UGUCAUCAUGAAAGGGAGCAGCGUUCUUCUGCUGGUGGCUCUAACCCUGCUCUGCAUCUGUGGGCUGACUAGAGCAGAGGAUGACAAUGAGUUUUUCAUGGAAUUCCUGCAAACACUCCUGGUGGGAACCCCGGAAGAACUCUUUGAAGGGCCCCUGGGCAAGUACAAAGUCAAUGACAAGGCCAAGUCCGCAAUGAUAGACCUCAAGUCCUGCAUCGAUGAACUGAAGCCUGUGCAUAAGGAGCAACUGGUCAAGCUGCUGGUGCAAGUGCUAGAUGAUCAAGAGGACACAUAAACAGGCCCGAAACACGGCUUGACUUCCAUGAGUGACAGGACCAGUUGUACAGCAGCCAUUGGAUGUGCCAAGAUCACUGCUUCUUAAUGAAUAAAUUCACCCUCGAACUGUUAAAUCAAUAAAGCCUACUGCAGCCCG